AUGCAACGCUGAGUAUUUGCACAAGAAUUUCAUCAUCCUCUCUCAGGAACGGCUGCCAACUGCAGGGUAAUGUGGUUUCACUGUGGAGGGGGAAAAGAUGAGUUUUACAUGUAAAAUUACUUUUAACACUGAAACACUUCUUGACAUGAAGGUGAAAUGAAAUGACCUGAAAAUGGAUCCAUCUUCUCCUGUGUUACCAGCAACCAUUUUAGAACAAGCUGCCCUGCGGCUAGGAUGCAGUCCCACAGACAAGAAACUUGCUCUUCACUUAGAUGAAGAAGAUGAGUUAAAGCAUCUUCGUGAAUGUUUCUUUAUCCCAAAAAUCAAGGAUCUGCCUCCAACUGAUCUGAACCUGGUGAAUGGAGAGGAGAGCUGCUUAUACUUUGCUGGCAAUUCUCUCGGGCUCCAGCCAAGGAAAGUUAAAACUUGCUUGGAUGAAGAACUGGACAAAUGGGCUCGAACAGGUGUCCAUGGCCACUUCAAUGGUCAGCGCCCAUGGGCUUUGGCAGAUGAGUGCAUCCUGGACCUGAUGGCUGAGCUGGUUGGGGCCGGAAGGCAUGAAGUAGCUUUAAUGAAUGGGCUAACUGUUAACUUGCACCUCCAGAUGCUAUCUUUCUUUAAGCCUACUCCAACACGCUAUAAAAUUCUUCUAGAAGCCAGAGCCUUUCCCUCUGACCAUUAUGCUGUUGAGUCCCAACUUCGACUUCAUGGACUUGAUGUGGAGACUAGCAUGCUCAUGAUGCAGCCACGGGAGGGGGAGGAGACCUUGAGGAUUGAAGAUAUCCUUGCUGUAAUUGAGAAGGAAGGGGACUCUAUUGCUGUCAUUCUGUUCAGUGGGGUGCAGUACUACACGGGACAGCUCUUUGACAUCCUUAGAAUAACAAAGGCUGGCCAAAAAAAGGGUUGCUAUGUUGGAUUUGACCUGGCUCAUGCUGUUGGGAAUGUAGAGCUUCAUUUGCAUGACUGGGGAGUAGAUUUUGCCUGCUGGUGCUCCUACAAGUAUUUAAAUUCUGGAGCAGGAGGCCUUGCUGGUGCUUACAUUCAUGAGAAGCAUUCCAAAAGUAUUAAACCAGCGUAA